CCUGAACAGAUGGAGCUGGAUGAGGGCAAGGGUGGGACUGGGCUGCGCCAGUAUUACCUGUCCAAGAUUGAGGAGUUACAGCUGAUAGUCAAUGAGAAGAGCCAGAACCUCAGGAGGCUGCAGGCCCAGCGGAACGAACUGAAUGCCAAAGUUCGCCUGCUGCGUGAAGAACUACAGCUCCUACAGGAACAGGGUUCCUACGUGGGUGAGGUAGUGAGGGCUAUGGACAAGAAGAAAGUACUAGUCAAGGUCCACCCAGAAGGCAAGUUUGUGGUUGACGUGGAUAAAAACAUUGACAUCAAUGACGUGACCCCAAAUUGUCGCGUUGCUCUGAGGAACGACAGCUACACCCUUCACAAGAUCUUGCCAAACAAGGUGGACCCCCUGGUUUCCCUGAUGAUGGUGGAGAAGGUGCCCGACUCUACCUACGAGAUGAUUGGCGGCCUCGAUAAGCAGAUCAAAGAGAUCAAGGAAGUGAUAGAGCUGCCCGUCAAGCAUCCAGAGCUUUUUGAGGCUCUGGGGAUUGCUCAGCCCAAGGGUGUGCUGCUGUACGGACCCCCUGGAACCGGGAAGACUCUGCUGGCCCGAGCCGUGGCGCAUCACACCGACUGCACCUUCAUCCGCGUCUCUGGCUCCGAGCUCGUGCAGAAGUUCAUUGGGGAGGGUGCGCGGAUGGUGCGCGAGCUCUUCGUCAUGGCCCGGGAGCACGCUCCUUCCAUCAUCUUCAUGGACGAAAUCGAUUCCAUCGGCUCUUCCCGCUUGGAGGGUGGCUCUGGCGGGGACAGCGAGGUGCAGCGCACGAUGUUGGAGCUGCUCAACCAGUUGGACGGUUUUGAGGCCACCAAGAACAUCAAGGUGAUCAUGGCCACUAACCGGAUAGACAUCUUGGAUUCUGCUCUGCUCCGCCCUGGCCGCAUUGACAGAAAAAUCGAGUUCCCUCCCCCAAAUGAAGAGGCCCGCCUGGACAUCUUGAAGAUUCACUCUCGCAAGAUGAACCUGACCCGGGGGAUCAAUUUGAGGAAGAUAGCAGAGCUGAUGCCAGGGGCUUCUGGCGCCGAGGUCAAGGGCGUGUGCACGGAAGCAGGAAUGUACGCCCUGAGGGAAAGGAGGGUACACGUUACACAAGAAGACUUUGAGAUGGCAGUAGCAAAGGUGAUGCAAAAGGACAGCGAGAAGAAUAUGUCCAUUAAGAAACUCUGGAAGUAAAAGUUCAUCUGUGUUCUUAGACUGUG